AUGCUUUGGAAUAAUUUUUUGAAUAAAAAUAAAAUAUUUGUUUUUAAUGAAGAGAGGGAUAAGAAGGAAAAUAAGGCAGUGAAAAUAGAUCAACUUGAGUUAUUACUCCGUCAGUGCACAGAACAUGCACUAACCCCCAGUCAGCUGGCGGAUUUAUUCCCAUUGGCAAGGAUUUGCCCUGAAAAUGUACUAUCAAGUCGCGGAAUGUCACAGGUCUUUAAUAAAUUAAAAAAACAAAAUAAAAUUUAG